AUGGGCCUGUGCCAGCAGAGCCGCAAGCCCCCACAAGGCGCACGCACUGUGGGGCACCCCCUCAGGCUCUUCCUUCCAUCAACAUCGUCUCAGAGACAUCAGACUCUGAAGGAGACCCGAAAGCGUCAGAGGAGCACAGAUCUACUGAUAAGGAAGCUGCCCUUCAGCCUCCUGGCAGCAGAAACUUUUCUAAUUCAUCUCUUUGAGGAUGCCUACCUCCUGUCUUUACAUGCUGGCCACGUCACUCUUUUCCCAAAGGAUGUGCAGCUGGCCAGGAGGAUCCGAGGCAUUGAAGAGGGAUUCGGCUGA